CUAUUAUUACUGUACUUCAUUGAACUGGAUGCUGCUGCUUUCUCUAAUAAAGAAAGCUCUGUUUGGAAAGAGCAGGACUGUCAAGAGUAAGAAUCUGGGCUGAUUACAGACUUCCUCCAUGGUUUCACUAUAAACUGAACUUCAGGAUCGUCUCCUGACACAGCAGUAUGGCUUGUGCCUCACUCUAGUGAGAGAAUACUUGAAUGUUUCACAAGACUAGAAGGGCCCUGCACAAAUAUGGAAAUGGCAGCAGAUGAUUCCACAGCAGACGUACGGCAAAGAAAGAAAUCUAAUCUCUCAGGCAAAGCUGAGACUGUGCAGAAGGCUCCAAGCAAAGAAACUCAAAAAGUGGGAAAAUCUCCAAAGUAUGUGGCCUUGCAGCGGUUUGCAGAGCUUUUCUUUGGCUGUGUGGUGGCUGUUACUUGUGGCAUGAUGUAUGCAGUAUAUCUCUCUGCCUAUCAUGAGCGCAAAUUCUGGUUUUCCAGCCGCAGGGAGCUUGAAAAAGAAAUCACUUUCCAGGGGGAUGGCGCAGUGUAUUAUUCUUUCUACAAGGAUAUGCUUCGGGCAUCUUCAUUUGAAAGAGGUGUUUUUGAGCUGGCCUAUAACAACAAAAGUGUGCCCCUAAAAACCAUAAAUGCAGUGCAGCAGCUGACUUUGUACCCAGAACUGAUAGCCAGCGCUCUUUAUCAGAUGUCUGGCAGUAAGGGAGUUGUCGACCCGUUACAUUUUUACAUCGGAAUCCUAUUUGGUCUUCAAGGGAUUUAUGUCACUGCGCUGUUUGUCACCAGUUGGAUUAUGAGUAAAACAUGGCUUGCAGGUGUGCUGACCGUAGCAUGGUUUAUCAUUAACAGGACAGAUACCACCAGAAUGGAAUAUUCCAUUCCUGUUCGAGAAAACUGGGCGCUGCCAUACUUUGCCUGCCAAGUUGCUGCUCUAACUGGCUUUUUAAAAAAUAAUUUAAAUGGACCUGCAUCGAGUAUUUGUUACCUGAUAAUGAGUGCCUCCACGUAUACCUUCAUAAUGAUGUGGGAGUACAGCCAUUACCUGCUGUUCGUACAGGCCUUGGUUCUGUCGCUGCUUGAUGGUCUAUCCAUGGUCCACAAAGACAAGGUGUAUGAAAUACAUAGAAUGCUCCAUCCUAGAUAG